AUGGUAAUUUCGUAUAUUUAUGGGUUUUUAAAGAUCAAAAACAUCAUGUUCCCACACAUAAUACUAGAGGAUGCUGAAACUCGGCUGCGCAAGUUUUAUGUUGGAGAGGUGUCUCUAAUAUACAACCGCACAGAAUACUAUAAAAAUCCUGCGCAGUAUCUAGCAAAGACUAUAAAGAGGGAAAUUCUUACAAAUGAAGUAAUUCCAAAAUACAAAAUAGGCAUGCUGUCUGAUGUUCUUAUAAAUUCCGGCACAGACGUGGGGAUGAAGAUAGUCGGGUGCUUAACUAACAACGGAGCAAACAUGCGGUAUCUUGUUUUGAUUAUGAACAGCAUUUUGAACGCAGAGAAGGCGGGUACAUAUAGAGUACGCAAUGAUCAUGUUAAUACACUUCUUCUUGCUGUAAUUGGUGUGGCUAGUGUUGAAAAAGAUCGAUUUGCAAGUAUUAUAACUCAGUGCUUUGAAAUCAUGGCUGUAGAGGACCAGAAAAUAUGCUUGGAUGCGUGGGGGGAUAGCGUUGUGGCACUAGAAAAUAUAAUAGCGGCUCUUAAGACAGUGCUAAAAGUAAAUGAGAAGGAAAAGAAAACAUGCCCAAAAAAGCUGCAUGCAUUAAUACACAGCACAAGAAACAAGCAGGCAGAAAUUAUAUUAAAAGUGAAAAAAGAACGUAUAAAGAUGAAUGUUUUGCAGGAGUUGCGAAAAGAGACAUGCGAACUUGAAGAAAGUAGAUUGACUAAAAUGGCAAGUCUGUCAUCUAUGAUGUUAUGCCCGCUGUCUAUGAUUAGGUCUAUGCGAACACUGCAAUGUCUGAAUGAAGAUACUAAAGAUCUACUGUUAACAGCCAAUUAUAUUUUAACCAUAGCAUGCAAACUAGCGAGAAGAAUAGAGAUGGUUAUUUCUGCAGCCCUGGAGAAAUAUAGCAAAAGUAUUUAUGAUAAAGUAACCGAUGUGAUAGUGCCGGAUUUAGACGAAAUGGAUAGUAUAAGCUCUAUAAAUGCAAUCACCAACAAUAUAUUAAAAAAAUUGCAUGAAUUAACUGAGAUUGAUAAGAUGCUAAUGGGAAUGAAGCAGAUGGAGGGAUAUAGAAUAAAGCUGUGUAAGAUAGUUAAUGGAGUAGAAGCCAGUAUGGGUUUGUUGGGAAAAAAGAUUUUGCAUGAUUAUAGUCCUGAAUAUGGCAGAGAAAUGAGCCUAAUAUUAAUCAGUAUGUUAAAGGCUAUAGGCCAUAUAAAUAUAGCAACAAAUGAGAGUAUAUAUAAUGAGAUAGCAGCAGAAGAUGAGGAGAAUGCAGAACCAGAAAAGGAGAAUCCAGCUGUUAAUGGAUCUGAAGGGCAGAACCAACUAGGAUAG